AUGAUUAUGUAUUUGAAGUUAGGGGUGUAAAGUGAUAUUAAAAAAAGGUUGGGCUUAAAGAAGAGGCCCAAAACGAAGGAAGCAGAGGGAGAAACGGAAGUUACUGCGAAUUGAGAUUAACUAACAACAACAACAACAACGAACGAUGAUGGUGUGAGUGAGUUUGGGUGGUGAGAACGAAAAAGGAAAAGACAAAGCAAACAAAAACACAAACUUUGUCGAAUCUGUGAUUGAGUUAGGUCAAACAAAACAAUUAUUUUGAUUUUCUCCAGAAAGAAAGCGAUGCAAGGUGUGGUGCUGCUCAACGCACAAUCUUACUACUGCAGAGGCACCGCCCUUCAACCUUCUUCUUCUUCUUCCUCUUCCUCCGCCGCCACCAAAAAGGAUACAAAAAGGUUUUUCGGUACCCAUCUUCUUCCUCUUAAGAAGAGGACAAAUAACAAUAAUCUUUGGUUUCAUUCACCGCACUCUACACCUCCAUUUGUUAUAAAGGCAGUUGCAACUCCAAAUCCAGCUGUAGAAUUACCAUUAACUGCUGAAAAUGUAGAAACUGUGUUGGAUGAAAUUCGGCCGUAUCUCAUUUCAGACGGUGGAAAUGUCGCACUGCAUGAAAUCGAUGGCAAUGUUGUACGCUUGAAGUUACAGGGUGCUUGUGGAUCUUGUCCCAGUUCUGUUAUGACAAUGAAAAUGGGCAUUGAACGUCGAUUAAUGGAAAAGAUCCCUGAAAUAGUCGCAGUCGAACCCAUAGCUGAUGAAGAAACCGGUCUUGAGCUAAAUGAUGAAAAUAUAGAGAAGGUUCUAGAGGAAAUAAGGCCGUACCUGGUUGGGGCAGCUGGUGGAUCUCUUGAAUUGGUAGCUAUUGAGGAGCCAAUUGUAAAGGUCCGAAUCACAGGUCCAGCUGCUGGUGUCAUGACUGUGCGUGUUGCUGUUACACAGAAAUUGCGAGAAAAAAUACCUUCCAUAGCAGCGGUUCAGCUGUUGUGAUAUUUUGGUACAAAACAAAGCGAGAAGAUAAGUAUAUGCCAAUCUUGUAAUUUUUCAUAAACACUAAUGGAAAUAAAGUAAGACAUGUGAUGUAUAGUAAAUUCAAUAUUAUAAUGCUUUCACACAGUGGAAGAAGGCUUCCAUUAUUAUUACUCAGUUACUACUGUUUAUUGUUUGUAUCUGUAGCUCAGUAAUGUUAAAAUCAUGAUGUUUUUAGAA